GAAAGAGUGAAAGAGCUCAGAUUGUGUUCCUGCUGCACAAGAGCGUCUGUACUUCUGCAGGUGAUGGUCAGCGGCUGAUUGUUUCCUGAAAGCUCUGCUAAUGUCUGCAUUGGUGUUUUAGCUGCAGUAUGGCAGAGGAGCGAGUAAAGGACUCUCUCUCAGAGAAACACAGUGUGGGUUCAGGAUCAUGUGUGUCUCUGAAGAGUGACAACUCAAUAAGGAAUCCACCAAAGUUCAGUGAGGAAACACCAUCAUCAGCUCAAAGUGUGGGUUCAGCAUCAUGUGUGUCUCUGAAGAGUGAACACUCAAUAAUGGAUCCACCAAAGUUCAGUGAGGAAACACCAUCAUCUGCUCAAAGUGUUGAAUAUGAGUCAGCAGAUUCAGGAGACAAGACUUACAGGAGACACAAGAGCUUCACAGACAAUCUCCAGUCCAUCUUCCAGAAUCUUGAGACUGUAAUAAACAGAUUUCUGAAGAAUGAACUGGAAAACUUUAGGAAAAUCUUACAAGAAGAAAACAGUCAAGAGUUUGUGAAGGACUUUAAUGAGAACAGAAGCAUUAUCACAGAAGCAGCUCUUGAUCUCACACUCUUCUUCCUGAGAGAGAUGAAGCAAGAUCAAGCUGCUGAUACUCUCCAGGGUGAGCUGUUCUUCACUAAUCAGCUUAAAUGUAGCCUGAAGAAGAAAUAUCAAAGUGUGUUUGAAGGAAUUGCUCAGCAAGGAGACUCCACACUUCUGAAUAACAUCUACACAGAUCUCUAUAUCACUCAGGGUGCGAGUGAACAGGUCAACACUGAACAUGAGAUCAGACAGAUUGAAGCUGCUUCCAGACGUCAUCAGUCACUAGAGAUACAGGUUGAAUGCAAACAUUUGUUUGAAGCAGCUGAACAAGACGAGCAGAUCAGAACUGUCCUGACAAAAGGAGUUGCUGGCAUCGGGAAAUCAGUCUCUGUGCAAAAGUUUGUUCUGGAUUGGGCUGAAGGGAAAGAAAAUCAAGACAUCAGCUUCAUAUUUCCUCUUCCAUUCAGAGAGAUGAACUUAAAGGAGAAAGAAAGACAAAGUUUAAAAGACCUCAUAACUCAGUUUUUCCCAGAGACUAAAGGACUGAACCUUACAAGAAGCACACGAUUCAAAGUCCUGUUCAUCCUUGAUGGAUUGGAUGAAUGUCGUCUUCCUCUGAACUUUGCUGGUAAUGAGACGUGUGGUGAUGUAUCUUCAGCAGUCUCUCUGGAUGUUCUCCUGACGAACCUCAUCAAGGGAAAUCUGCUUCCUUCUGCUUUCAUCUGGAUCACCAGCAGACCAGCAGCUGCCAGUAAGAUUCCUGCUGACUGUAUCGACCGGCUGACAGAGAUACGAGGAUUCAAUGAUGCCCAAAAGGAGGAGUACUUCAGAAAGAGACUCACAGAUCAGAAUCAGGCCAGAGAAAUCAUUGAUCACAUUAAACAGUCAAAGAGUCUCUUUAUUAUGUGCCACAUCCCAGUCUUCUGCUGGAUUUCAGCCACUGUUCUCCAGAACAUACUGAAACUGAAACACAGGGCUCAUGCUGAAACACUGCAGGAAUCUCCCAAGACUCUGACACAGAUGUACACACACUUUCUCCGCUUUCAGAUCCAGCAGAGCAGAAGAAAGUAUGAUGGAGAAAACACAGCAGAUGUCUCCUGGAAUCCAAAGCUCAUCCUUUCACUGGGGAAACUGGCCUUCCAGCAGCUGGACAGAAACAAUGUGAUCUUCUAUGAGAGCGAUCUGAAAGACUGUGGCAUUGACGUCUAUAAGGCAUCGGUGUACUCAGGCAUGUGUACCCAGAUCUUUAAGGAGGAGACGGGAAUUAUUCUUGGUACCAUGUACUGCUUUCUUCACUUGAGCAUUCAGGAGUUCAUUGCAGCCCUUUAUCAACAUCUGAUUCUAGACAAUGACAAGACACGAGCAGAAAAAAGCAGAGAUGAGUCCAUGAUUGAUUUGCUGAAGACUGCAGUGGACAAGGCUCUGGAAAGUGAGAAUGGACAUCUGGACCUUUACCUUCGCUUCCUUCUCGGUCUGUCACUCCAGUCCAGUCGACAACUCUUACGAGGCCUGUUGACACAGCAGGAUGACAGAGACCAGAGCAAAGAGGAAAUAAUUGCCUACAUCAAGCAGAAACUUGAAGGGAAUCUGUCUCCAGAGAGAUCCAUCAAUCUGUUCUACUGUCUGAAUGAACUGAAUGAUCAAACUCUGCUGAAACAGAUUCAGUCUCACCUCAGUAGAGGAAGUCUGUCAUCUGCUCGUCUUUCACCUGCCCAGUGGUCUGCUCUGGUCUUUGUGUUGUUGACCUCAGAGGAGGAGCUGGAGGAGUUUGAGCUUCAGAAAUUCCAGAGAUCAGACGAGUGUCUCAUCAGACUAUCAGCAGUCAUCAAAACCUCCAAAAGAGCUCUGCUACAGGGCUGUUAUCUUACUGUUCGGUCCUGUGAGAGUUUGUCUUCAGCUCUACAAUCCUCAAACUGUGUGCUGAGAGAGCUGGACCUGAGUAACAAUGACCUGCAGGAUUCAGGAGUGAAGAAGCUCUCUGAUGGACUGAAGAGUCAACACUGUAAACUGGACACACUGAGACUACAGUUCUGUAAUCUCACUGUUCAGUGUUGUGAGAGUUUGUCUUCAGCUCUACAAUCCUCAAACUGUGUGCUGAGAGAGCUGGACCUGAGUAACAAUGACCUGCAGGAUUCAGGAGUGAAGCUUCUCUCUGAUGGACUGAAGAGUCAACACUGUAAACUGGACACACUGAGAUUGUCUGGCUGUAUGGUGACAGAGGAAGGCUGUGGUUUUCUGUCUUCAGCUCUGACUUCAAACCCCUCACACCUGAGAGAGCUGGAUCUGAGCUACAAUCAUCCAGGAGAUUCAGGAGUCAAGCUGCUCUCUGAACAACUGGAGGAUCCAAACUACACACUGGACAAACUCAAUCUGGAUCAUGGAGGAGAGACGAGGAUUACAGCAGGACCACGCAAAUAUGUCUGUUUCCUCACUCUGGAUCCAAACACAGCACACACUCGACUCAUUCUGUCUGAGGAGAACAGAGAGGUGAAGAGUGUGAGAGAGAAUCAGCCGUAUCCUGAUCAUCCACACAGAUUUGAUGGUUAUCCUCAGGUGUUGUGCAGAGAGAGUGUGUGUGGACGCUGUUACUGGGAGAUUGACUGGAGUGGAGAUGCUGGUGUGCGUAUAUCAGUGUCAUAUAAGAGCAUCAGGAGGAAGGGAGGAGGUGUUGAGUGUGUGUUUGGAAAUAAUGCUCAGUCCUGGAGUUUGUUCUGCUAUUCCUCCAGAUUCACAUUCUGGCACAAUAACACACAGACUGAUCUCCCAGUGGAGGCGCUCAGCAGGAGAAUAGGAGUGUUUGUGGAUCACAGUGCAGGAACUCUGAUCUUCUACAACAUCUAUAGAGACACAAUGAGCCUCAUCCACUCAGUCCAGACCACAUUCACUGAGCCGCUCUGUGCUGGCUUCUGGGUUAAUUAUGGAUCAUCAGUGAAACUGAGCUGAAGACUGACGAGAGAUUUACCCAGAAUCCUCUGCAGGAGCAGUCAGCAGCAGUGUGUGUGUGUGUGUGUGUGUGUGUGUGUGUGUGUGUGUGUGUGUGUCUGUGUCUGUGAGUGUGUGUGUGUGUGUGUGUGUGUGAUGCAUGUGUGUAAGAGAAAGAGUGUGCGUGUGUGUGUGUGCGCAGGUUUACUAUUGUUUGUGCAUGUGUGUGCGUGUUCACUGCUGCGUGUCUGUGUGUGUGUGUGAGUGUGUGAGUGAGAGAGAUUUGAUUUUGAUUUUAAUUGCAGUUAUUGAGUGAUUGUUCAUCUCAUUUCCACAUGUGUUAUUAUUGACAUCAGUUGAUUUAUAAAGCAAUUCUUGAUUGAUGACAGACACAGUCCAGCAUCACAACACCAUUCACACUCAACAACAGUCACUGCAUUUGUCAAGUUACAGUCAUUAAAUCCUCAACACUUCUAGAUGUUCUCCUGUGUUUAAUAAUAGAUGCAGUGUUUUGUUCAUGUCUUUGUUGAUUUCAUUUCUCCUAGAAACACAGAUUGCUCAUUUUGCUCGGUCAAUAAGAACUGAAUUAGUGGACAUUUGUAUUUCUGCAUUUGCUUUACUGAAAGCCUCAAAUAAAAACCUGUUUUGAACAGAAAUGAGGCAUUGGUGAAAAUAAAGCAGUCAGGAUAUUAAACAGUGGAGAAAGUCUCGUACACUCUGUAAAACAAUGAACAAUAGUUUCUCUCUCUGGACAAAAUGGACACGUCUCACUGAUAUUAGGGCUCAUUUGUGUUCACAGCUACAGCAGCAUGUAAUAUUCUCCACUGCAAGUGUCCUCCUCUUCUCAUCAAUGCUGCUUUAUAGAUCAUUCUCCAUUCUGCUUUCAUGACUUCUUCUACUGCCAGUGUGUUUCUCCAUACCAUGUCAGUUCUGUCUUUUAAAAUGUGCUUGUUAUUUAUUUCCACAAUAUCUCUGUCAAAUAUUUCACCUUCGGCUGAACUAACAUCAGCACUUUCAUUACAACACAGCGAUGGACUAUUAUCCCCAACAUCUCCAACAACAGCUUCAAUUCUGAUAUCAGGGAAAACUCCUCGUCAUCUGGGAUAAAAAGAUCCCGACUAGAACUCUCCAGCAGUGUUUUUCAUUCAACAUCACACUCAGUUUAUCUCAGAGUUCCUGUGCAAACCUUACUGAUCCUAUUCCCAUACAUUUAGCAAGAUUCACUCAGUCCAGUGUCUGCUUCGUCAACAAUGUCUCUCAAUCGUGGCAUUGUUUUGGAUACUGAUAUGUCCAUCAAUCCUGGAGUGUCAUCUCCUGACAAAAACCACCGGCUCUUCUAGACUCUUGGGCCCAAACAAUAGUCUCUGGAUGACCUGCAGUCUAUACGCUGCUCCUCUACUCACAAGAUCAACCAAGCCUUGACCUCCUUCAUCUCUUGGUGAGAAGAGAACACUUUGAGGGAUCCAAUGUAGGUUGUCCCAGAACAAAUUGACCAUCUCUCUUUGAAGAUUCGGUAGUAAACCAAUAGGGGGGUCUCCACACGCCAGCUUGUGCCAUAUAGAGGAUCCAGCAAGCUGUUAACUAUAAGUGUGCGGCCUCUAUACGAUAACUGGGGAAGUAACCAUUUCCAUUGUUGUAGAAGUCUUUGGAUUUUCUCAAGCGUGCCAUUCCAGUUCUUCUGAACACAGUCAUCUUCACCAGAGGUAUUUCAAGCCUCCUUUCUUCCAUGUCAAACCUCCAGGUAACUUGGGAGGGACACCGCUCCAGCUGCCCACAAGCAGGGCUUCACUCUUUCCCCAGUUGACUUUAGCAGAGGAGAUCUUCUGAAAAUCACUUACAAUAAAAUCCAGUUUCUGAAUAUCUUCCGGAUUCGAUAUGAAACAACAACAUCAUCAGCACAAGCAGAAAGAUGCAGAGAAACGUCACAAUGAGGAACACACACACCCUUUAUCUCAGAGCUUAGUUUAUUCAGCACAGGUUGGAUAGGCAGUGUGUACAACAUCCCCGACACAGCACAUCCCUGUCUAACUCCUCUCUGUACUGUAAAAGCAGCGCUCAGACCACCGUCGACUUUUAAUACACUUUGAAUGUCUCUGUACAAAACAUUGAUCAUAUUUACAGAAGCUGGGCUCAAACCAAACAUUUCUAAAAGCUUUAUUAAAUAUUCAUGUUGUAUACGGUCAAACGCUUUCUCUUGCUCUAAAGAGAUCAGUCCACAAUUAACACCCAAUUACUUCUAAAACAUCUCUAACCAAAUAAAUAUAGUCAAAAACUGAUCUAUUCGCUAUACAAUACUGUUGAUCUUGGUGUAUUACUUGACCUAUUACCUUACUCAAUCGUGUAGCUGAUGCCUUUGACAGUAUUUUAUAAUGGGUGCAGUAAAGUGAUGCUGGUCUCCAGUUGCUUCUUCUUUGCAAGUCUCCUUUAUUGGGAACACAGUAAUUACAGCUCUUCUGCAGCUUAAUGGGAGUAAACCUUUAUUCAAACUGUCAUCAAGAACCAAAAGAACAGCAUCACCUAUCACAGACCACAAAGAUUUACAGAAAUCUACUGGGAUUCAUCAAUAGCUGGAGUCUUUCCACUUCCCAUACUCAUUACCGCUGUGUAUAAUUCACUCUGUGACGAUGAGAGCUCAAGCAUGGCAUUAGAGUCUUCAUCAGUGUUUGGGAGAUCUUUAACUUCUAUAUGAUCUGUAUAAUUGUGAAUAAAAGUGAACAUCAUGUUUACGUAUGUCACUGGAUUAUAAAGUUCCUCUCCUGCAUUAUUGUUUAGUGAAUGAAUAAUUCCACUUUGGCCAUUUUUCUGUUCUAGACUAAUAAAGCUUAGAAGGAGCCUCCAUUUGUGUGAUGUUUAUUAAACCUGAAUGAAUGAAUGCUCCUUGUGCUUUCACUCCUCAAAAAUCAGCCAGCAAAUCUGUGUUUGAUUUCCGGGUUUCAGAUUGAUCACUGCUUGUAGCUGCUGUUGUGUUAAACAGGUCUGUUAGUUCAUCCUCUAGUUUCUUCAUGGAUUCAGGAACUCCUUUAGUGACAUUAAAAGUAUUUUCUUGGCAUAAUUGUUUAAUGUGAAUCUUGCCACAAUCCCACCAUUGCUGCAGUGAAGAA